CUAAGAGGGUUGUAACAGCUUGUUUCUCACGAGUCAGGCAGACCUAAGCAAGUGUAUGGGGGUAGUGAGAGGACAAUAUACUUAUAUGGUGGUAUUAUACCGCAGUGUAGUGUUGGAUAGAAUGCGCAAUGUUCCAUUUAGAUAGCAAUCAUGAAUCUGAAUUUACAGAAGAUUCUGAUGAUUACGAAGGUGACCAAGCGGGGACCUCCGGUAGUCUGCUGUAUCAAACUAUGAACUAUGUGGGACAGCUUGCCGGGCAGGUCCUGGUGACCGUUAGGGAGCUCUACAAGGGUAUUAACCAGGCUACACUAUCGGGGUGCAUUGAUGUGAUCGUCGUCCGUCAGCAAGAUGGCACCUACUUGUGCUCACCUUUCCAUGUCCGCUUUGGGAAGUUAGGAGUCCUGCGGUCCAAGGAGAAAGUGAUUGACAUUGAAAUCAAUGGGGAACCUGUAGACCUGCACAUGAAACUUGGUGACAAUGGAGAAGCAUUUUUUGUACAAGAAACUGAAGAAGAAAACGUACCUUUGGGCACCACCGGUAUCUGUCACAUGAUUGACAUGGCAGAGCACGUGUCGCAGGAAGAAGUCCCUGCAUACUUGGCUACCUCACCAAUUCCCACAGAGGCUCAUUUUUUUAAGAAUGUCCACAUCCAUGUGCCAAACUCUGGAGAAGAACUGAAGGCUUCUGCAUCAUCUCAUGCGUUUGAGGCUGAGAACAUUACAACUGGAUCUGUGAAAAAGAAAAAAAGGAAGAGAAGGCGAAUAAAACAUGAUAAAAAGGAAGAUGUUCCUGCUCCUUCAGGAGCUGAGGAAAUCUUUGAGAUUGAAAUAAGCUCCGAUGAAGAAAGUCCAGCUCAGAGGGCAUCCUCAAGCUCUGCAUUAAAGGAGGAGGAGUACAGAGAGUCUUUCAUCUGCCAUUCUUCAGAUCAUUACGCACUAUCAGAUGGAGACUGGUCUCCACAGGACAGUGGCUAUUGCCAGUCUGCAGGUCCAAAGAGCGAUUCAGAGCUGGAAGUCAAACCUACGGACUCCCUGCUCAGAGGGGAGCCCCAGAUGGAGUGGACAUGGGGUGGGUUCCCAGAGUCGGCCAAGGUCAGCAAAAAGGAAAGGACAGACCACCUACGGAUGGCCACAAUUACACCAUCUGAAAACACGCACUUUAGGGUGAUUAGUUCUGAGGCGCUGUCUGGGGAAAUCGUGGGAGAAGCAUUUAUAGAGGACUCCAUUUGCACUGUGCUUAGACCAGAACCACGACCUCAUUCCAUCAGUGUUCAAGUUGAACCCAACCAGCCGCCAUUAUCUGAAACCCCUCCAAGCUCCCCAAAUGUGGAGGAGCCUCUUUCCUUGGAGGCUGCUGAUACAGUUUCUGAUGUGAAGCCUUCACUAAAAACACACUCUCCAAGCAAGAAGAAAGGUGUACGGAAGAGAAGCCAGCAUCAAGGACCGGGGGACAUUUAUCUGGAUGAUUUAAAUGUUUUAGAACCUCAAGUGGCUGCACUUUAUUUCCCCAAAAGUGACUCGGACCCUAGUUCCAGGCCGUGGAUGGAGUCGGAAACCCUAUCAGGAUCUCAGUCUCCACAGUCUGUCGGUAGUGCUGCCGCAGAUAGUGGUACUGAGUGCCUCUCUGAUUCCCCCAUGGACUUGCCAGAUGUCACACUGUCUCUUUGUGGUGGUCUGAGUGACAAUGGAGAGAUCUCUAAAGAGAAGUUCAAGGAGCAUAUUAUUACCUAUCAGCAGUUUGCAGAGAACCCAGGAAUCAUUGACAAUCCUAAUCUUGUUGUGAGGAUCUAUAACAGGUAUUAUAACUGGGUGUUGGCAGCUCCUAUGAUCCUGAGUCUACAAGUGUUCCAGAAAAGCUUGCCCAAGAACACAAUUGAAUCAUGGGUGAAGGAAAAGAUGCCAAAACAAUCAAGGAGAUGGUGGUUCUGGAGAAAGAGGGAUAGCAUGGUUAAACAGCCUAACACAACGGAAGAAAAGCUGGAUGCCGAAUUGAACUCCGAGCAAAGAUCAGAAAUAAACGAGCCAUCAAAAGUCCGGCCGUCUUCUGAGGACAACUCGUCAAGCGAUGAAGAGGAAUUGAAGCAGAUAAUACUUGAGCCUGCUCCUGUGGAGUAUCAGAGUCAUCCUGGAAGCACCUCUUAUCGAAAGACCUUGCGCUUGUCUUCAGACCAAAUUGAAAAACUGAACCUCCGUGAUGGUCCGAAUGAUAUUAUGUUUAGCAUAACGACGCAGUAUCAGGGCACGUGCCGAUGUGAGGGCACCAUUUAUCUGUGGAACUGGAACGACAAGAUCAUCAUUUCUGACAUUGAUGGGACAAUAACGAAGUCAGACGCCUUAGGCCAGAUUCUUCCUCAGCUUGGGAAGGAUUGGACACAUCAGGGCAUUGCCAAGCUCUACCACUCCAUAAAUGAAAAUGGAUACAAAUUUCUGUAUUGCUCCGCCCGUGCAAUUGGCAUGGCAGACAUGACUAGGGGCUACUUGCACUGGGUAAAUGACAGAGGCACUAUACUUCCAAGAGGACCUUUGAUGUUGUCUCCAAGCAGCCUUUUCUCUGCAUUCCACAGGGAAGUCAUAGAGAAGAAACCUGAAAAGUUCAAGAUAGCGUGCCUCAAUGAUAUUAAAAACUUGUUUGGUCCACUUCAGCAACCCUUUUAUGCCGCUUUCGGAAACCGUCCUAAUGAUGUUUUUGCUUAUGUGCAAGUUGGAGUCCAAGACUGCCGAAUAUUUACUGUCAAUCCAAAAGGAGAAUUAAUACAAGAGAGGACAAAAGGAAACAAGACGACGUACACCCGACUAAGUGAGCUGGUUGAACACGUGUUUCCUCUGCUGGACAAAGAGCAGAAUUGUGCUUUCUCUUGCCCGGAAUUUAGCUCUUUUUGCUAUUGGAGAGACCCAUUGCCAGAAUUUGACCUGGCAGACUUGACGUAAAUCACUCAUGAGCAUGUCUGGAACUGUUAGUGGACGUGAAGUCAUUUCGGUCGGCAGUCACUUACCUGGAGUAUUACUGAUGUGAGGAGCCUGCGUUCUUGUCCAUUGUUUCCAAUGCCUUUCUCUCACUUUGUCUUACAGUCGGUUAGUAAUUUGUAGCCAGUAAAGAUAUUGUAUCCUAUCAAUAUAUUCAGGGAAAAACAUUAAGAGAAGUGAUUUUUAUAUUAUUACAAUAUAUUAAUUCUCUGUAAUUGGUUCUUGUGAAAGAUGCAUUGCACAUUUUAUCUUGUGUUCAAGCAUACCUUGAAGUGUAAUCGUCUUUCUGGAUCAUGUUGUGCCUCCUUGAAAUCUUUCUCAUCUCUAAAGCCAUUGGGAUGUAGCGUCUAUUGCAGGGCAAUACGCUUCAGGACCCACAAGAAGGGAGACUUAUUACGUAUGCAGUGGAAGUGUUAUUUCCUGGAAAACAAUUGGUUCUUCAGCAUCUGUGAAAAGGCUUAACCCAAAUAUGUAGAACUGUGCAAUUAUUUAUUUUACCUGCAUUUCAAGCCACUAAAACAUACAAUGUUUAAGGCAUUUGUUUGCAAUUUUGUUUUAGGAUUAUCAUUUGCUUACUUAAGGCUUAUGGUCCAUCCAGUUUCUUUUCUUUUAAUUUGUAAAAAAUAAAAUGUUAUGCUUUAAAAUAACAUUUCAUCUUCAUGGUAACAAACGUUCCCUGUUUUACUCAAUGAAGGGAUGGCUGCUAGCGAGUCUUUUGCUCAGAAACUGCUUUACUAAUGAUCUUGUCAGGCACUGAAUCACUCCUUCAGAUUUCCUUAUAUCAACCCUCCAGUUCACAGUAAAGAUGUCACUGUCCAUGCAGAAUGCAUAUAUAACAUACCGUGUGCUCUGUAAUGUUGCUGCUGUGGUCCAUUUCAUUCCCAGUCUCCAACUUAAAGGGCUUCUAUCACCAGUUUUGCCGGCAGAUGUCUUCUGUACUGCACCUGUUUCGGUUACUCAUCUGCAUGGAGCAGAUGCACACUGGUAACAGAAGCCUGUUAAGGUACCGUAUUUUUGGACUAGAAGACACACCUAGGCUUUAGAGGAGGAAAAUAAGAAAAAAAAUAUUUUUCAACAGAUCUCAGAGCAGACCCCACCCCAAAUCAGACCCUCAACCUCCAUCAGCCUCCCAUCAUACCCUGCAGCCUCAGAUCAGCCUACGUGCUCUGGACAGUACCUCAUAUCCAGGACUCGCCACUUCUUCUGGGUCAGGACACCACAUCUGGACCUGAAAGAAGACCAGGGGAAGAGAGUACAGCCAGCGCAGCGCUGCCCUCACCUCCCCAUGCCUCCUGCAUGCUAAUUACUGCUUCCAUAAUGGAAGAAGUCAUUAACAUUCCGACUAUAAGACGCACUGCCACUAUCCCUGCUUUUUGGGAGAAAAAAAAUGCUUCUUAUAGUCUGAAAAAUAUGGUAUAUAACAUGACUUUAGCACCACUCCAUCCCAUGUCGUCUUCUUCUACAGGACCCUUGCCCUAAAAGCAGGGGGGAGGUGUCUCAGACUAUCAAAGCACACUGUGCAAAGGAUAGUAUCAGGUAUAUUAACUAUACUUUCAGCAUGUAAAGUGAAAUCUUUACUGUGACCCGGACGGUCACUUUAACUACGCAGCUGUGUAGAAGGAAUACUCUGAGCCAGUAAAACUUAAGAGUUGUGCAAUAGUGUUUGCAGUAACCAAUGGCAACCAAUCAGCGUUUCAAUUGUCUGGUGCUAGUUCGACAGUGGCCGUAAAUGUCUGAUCAGUUGCUGUGAUUUAGUGCUCGCCUUCCAGCCAUGUUGGUAAGUGAUCCUCGAAGAUUAGUCAUCCCUUUAGCUCUCGCUUGUUUUUGUAAAAAAUAUUAUUUGAUAACCUCAAUAGACCCAUCCCCCCAUCAGCUUCCAAAGUUGUCUGUUGAGAAAAAAAAAGAUAUUUUUUUAUAGUACUUUAAAGAAGAUUUAGAGAGAUGAAGCUGCUUAUUCUGCAAAUUGUGGGUUGGUACCGAUGUAACCUAAUGCCAAAUAUAGGAUUACGAUCACAUAAAGCUGUUUGGAAGGGUCUGUUUCAUAAUUACAGGGUACAAGCCAACAUUGCCUGACUAACCUCCACUUCCCUGGUGCUGGCUGUGGAUAUUUGCAGAAAGUGUGCAAUAACUUCUCCUUUCAGCCUGUAAGAACUCAUUGUGCACAUACAUUUACUUUGUGAAUGUCCUACCUUGACUUGAGGUAUGAGUCUACUUUAUGUAGUGAAAUUGUGAAAAGGAUUUAAUUGUGGUAGGUAUCCUGUUCAAUUCUAUCUAAAUAAAGUGUUCAAAUAUUUUAUAUAUUUUA